AAACCGUCAGCUUCGCCUUAUUGCAAAAUAACAUCGACGGCAUUGAUUGUUAAUUUUUUGCGAAAAAUUCUAUUUUUGUGGUUCCAUAUAAAACAGUUUAGAAUAUUUGAUACAAAAAAUGUCGGAUAAUGAUGAUGAUUUUAUGUGCGAAGAUGAUGAAGAUUAUGGAUUGGAAUAUUCGGAAGACAGCAAUUCCGAGCCGGACGUUGAUCUGGAAAAUCAAUACUACAACAGUAAGUCACUGAAGGAGGAUGAUCCCAAGGCGGCAUUGGCAUCUUUUCAAAAAGUAUUGGAUUUGGAGAAUGGGGAGAAGGGUGAAUGGGGGUUUAAGGCACUGAAGCAAAUGAUAAAAAUUAAUUUUAAAUUGAACAACUAUGAGGAAAUGAUGAUCCGCUAUAAACAAUUAUUGACAUACAUUAAAAGUGCAGUGACACGCAAUCAUUCGGAGAAGUCCAUCAAUUCUAUAUUGGAUUAUAUUUCCACAUCGAAAAAUAUGGAGCUAUUGCAAAACUUCUAUGAAACCACAUUGGAGGCCCUGAAAGAUGCAAAAAACGAUCGCCUGUGGUUUAAGACAAACACAAAAUUGGGAAAACUCUACUUUGAUCGCAACGAAUUUGGUAAACUGCAAAAGAUUCUCAAACAACUGCACUUGUCGUGUCAAACGGAUGACGGUGAAGAUGAUUUGAAAAAGGGUACACAACUGUUGGAAAUCUAUGCGUUGGAAAUACAAAUGUACACCGUCCAAAAGAAUAACAAAAAACUGAAAGCUCUCUACGAACAAUCGUUGCACAUAAAAUCAGCCAUACCCCAUCCAUUGAUUAUGGGUGUAAUACGUGAAUGUGGCGGUAAAAUGCAUUUGCGUGAGGGAGAAUUUGAAAAGGCUCACACCGAUUUCUUUGAGGCAUUUAAAAAUUACGAUGAAUCAGGUUCACCCAGGCGAACAACGUGUCUGAAGUAUCUCGUAUUGGCGAAUAUGCUCAUGAAAUCUUUCAUCAAUCCAUUUGAUUCACAAGAAGCUAAACCCUAUAAAAACGACCCUGAAAUUUUGGCAAUGACCAAUUUAGUUGUUUCCUACCAAAAUAAUGACAUUAACGAAUUUGAAUCGAUACUACGCACCAAUCGCAGUAACAUAAUGGCUGAUCCAUUUAUACGCGAACACAUUGAAGAUCUAUUACGAAACAUAAGAACACAAGUGCUCAUCAAACUAAUUCGACCAUAUAAAAAUAUUGCCAUACCCUUUAUUGCCAAUGCGCUGAACAUCGAACCGGCUGAAGUUGAAAGUCUAUUGGUAUCAUGCAUACUUGACAAUACCAUCCAGGGACGCAUUGAUCAAGUAAAUCAAGUUUUACAAUUGGAUAAAGAAAAUAGUACCGGAUCUCGUUACAAUGCCAUCGACAAAUGGUCCAACCAAAUUCAAUCUCUUCAAAUGGCUGUCAUCAAUAAAAUGGCCUGAGACAGGCCUACGACUACAGUGCAUUGUUUAUCGACAUUUAACCGGUAGAAAUGUUGUGUGCUUGUGUGUUCUAAACAUCUAGAAGAAGGAAACGAAUAAAACUUUGAAAUGUCGUAUUUGGAAAAAAAA